AUGUUAUUAUCUUCUUGGUUUCACUUCUUUCAUCCACAGCGGGAUAGAAGAGACUCAAGACCUCUUUACAAGCGCUCAUCAUCAACCAUCUUGAAAAAUGGUGCCAGAGAAUUGUUCAUUCCUUACAAAAGCAGACAAAAAAGAGUCAUUAUUCAGCCAACUGAUCCAGAAGUUUAUGAAAGAGAUCGAUUCAAAUUCAAAAAUUUCAUGAAGAACAUAAAUCAGCACGAAAAGGAUGGUGAUCAUGUCUUUAGUUCAAAGUUUUUAAACCAGUUAGUUAUAAUUUGGCAGAUUUUGAUACCUAAGGUUAAUGAUAAGAAUUCUGUUUUAUUGAUUACUCAGUUUUUCUUUUUGAUUUUAAGAACUUGGUUAAGUUUACUUAUUGCUAAAUUGGAUGGUCAGAUCGUUAAGGAUAUUAUUGGUGGUAAGUUUAGGAAGUUUCUGCGUGACCUGAUCUAUUGGUUCUUGAUGGCAGUACCUGCUUCUUAUACCAACAGUGCUAUCAAAUAUCUUGUUAAAAAACUUUCAAUCAAUUUCAGAUCAAAAUUGAUGAGAUAUGUCCAUGACAUGUAUUUGGAUCCUAGAAUGGUUUACUAUAAAGUCUCUUUCAACGAUCAAGCUAUCAAGGAUAUUGAUAAUUUCAUAACAACAGAUAUAAACAGAUUUUGUAACUCCAUUUGCUCAUUAUUUUCUAACAUUGGUAAGCCAAUGAUUGAUUUGGUGUUCUUUUCCGUCUACUUGAGAGACAACUUGGGUACUGCUGGUAUUGCUGGUAUUUUUGCAAAUUAUUUCCUUACUGCAUACAUUUUGAAAAGAAAUACUCCACCAUUUGGUAAAUUAACAAAAGAAAAAUCUGCUUUAGAAGGUGAAUACUAUAAUGAUCAUUUGAAUUUGAUAACCAACAGUGAAGAGAUUGCUUUCUACAAUGGUACAAACUUGGAAAAGAUAAAGAUCAAUGAUAUUUAUCAAAAAAUGAUGAACCAUAUCUUCAAGAUCAAUAGACUGAAAGUCACUUACAAUAUUUUGGAAGAUUACAUUUUGAAAUAUACUUGGUCAGCUUUAGGUUACUUAUUUGCUUCAAUCCCAAUUUUCAUUGUUUCAAUCAAAGAUAAUGUUAAAAAGAGUACCGAAGAGAGAAAUAUGCGUCAAUUCAUAGUCAACAAGCGAUUGAUGUUGAAUUUGGCUGAUGCAGGUAGUAGAUUGAUGUAUUCAAUCAAAGAUAUUUCCAAGUUGACUGGGUACACUGAUAGAGUUUUCACUUUAUUGACUGUAUUACACCAAGUUCAUGCUGUCGAUUUCAAUUAUGGUGAUGAAAACUUGAAUAAUGAUAUAAAAGGUACAAUUCAAUACCAUUACAACGGUUUGAGAUUUGAAAAGAUUAAUGUGAUCAUUCCAUCGCUUAACGGAAGUGAAGGCACCAAAUUGAUUCGUGAUUUAGACUUUAGUCUCAAACAACACGAAAGUAUUUUGAUUUUGGGUAUGAAUGGCUGUGGUAAAACUUCAAUAGAGAGAAUCAUUGCCGGAUUAUGGCCUUUAUACAAUGGUUUGAUCUCUAAACCAAAUGAUGAUGAUAUUAUUUAUUUACCACAAAGAGCUUACUUCAGUAAUGGUACAUUGAGAGAUCAAAUAAUUUAUCCUUUAUCUCACUCUGAAAUGUUGAACGAGGGUAAAACUGACCAAGACUUGAUUAGAAUUUUAAAAGAAGUCAGAUUGGAAUACUUGCUUGAUCGUGAUAUUGGCUUGAACUACCUGGACUCAGUUCAUGAUUGGAAGGACGUUUUAAGUGGAGGUGAAAAGCAAAGAGUCCAAUUUGCAAGAAUCUUGUACAAGAAUCCAAAGUUUGUGGUAUUGGAUGAAGCAACAAAUGCUAUAAGUAGUGAUAUUGAAGCAUACUUGUUUGAUUUAUUGAAGAGAAAGAAUUUUGCAUUCAUAACUCUUUCACAUAGACCAUUAUUGAUCAAAUAUCACGAUCAUUUACUUGAAAUUCAACAAAAUGCAAUCACAUCAAUUGAUAAGGAGAUCAAGGAAAUUGAAGAUAAGUUGAGAGAUGUUGAUUCAAAAGAACAUCGUAAAGUUCAUUUGGAAAACAUGUUAGAUGGUGUUACCGAUACCAAAGAAAUGCUAGACGUCAGUAAAAUUAGUGAAGUUGAUUAA